AUGCUGGGCACAGCACUCCUCAUUUCCUUCGUCCUUGCUUUCAUUUUGCAACCCCUGCGGUCGUUCAUUUGCCUGCAUAAAGGGGCGCGUAAAAUUUGGUACCAUAUAAUGAGCGAUCCUCGACGGGAGAUCGAAUUCACUGCCGGAUUUUUUGACGAAGAUUAUCAUCAUGUUCUGAAGAAUUGCCGGCGGGCAAGAGAGCCACCAUUAGUCGAUAUGGGAACGAACGUAACGAAGAUGGAGCGAAUGCUCUUUACGGACCUAUACCUCGGAUUUCUUCGAAAAGAGUGCCGCAAGGAUAUCGAAUUAAUUUUCGCCGACGCUCCUCGUAUCGUCCAAAUGGCUGAUCUACGUGCCAACGCAUCACAGACUGAGCUGGGGCUUUUCAUCCCGCUGAUGGCCCGCGUAGAAGGUGGGUAUAUUUCGGUUCAGGGAAGUAUUAAUAUGCUCAUGGCUGGAGAAAACUUCGAAUGUGUUGCUGUUGUCAGCCAAGGUGUAGCCAUGGCAGCCUUUCUUUCAGCAUUGACACUUCAUGUCAUCAGUAAAAAUAAUAUUGUGGUGCUGGAAGAUGGACAAAAUUUCUUGGAGGCAUAUCAGAAAACAAAUGCAUCAAGGAAUAUGAUAGAAGUUAGAUAUCCUCUGGGCAACAUGCUAUCUCUUGCAAUACCAUGGAAGGCAUAUAUCUAA